AUGGCAGACAACACGCAGCCUUUCAAGGUGAUCAUUGCGGGUGGCAGUCUUGUUGGUCUCACCACCGCACUGGCUCUUGAGAAGGCCGGAAUCGACUAUGUUGUCUUGGAGAAACGUGAGAUCGCUCCCCACAUGGGUGCCUCCAUCUCCAUUCACCCACACACUCAGCGGGUGAUGGAGCAGCUCGGAGUAUGGCCCGAGAUAAGAGCUGGUAUUGUUCCAUUAGAGGAUCGGCGGCAUUACGACCAGAAUGGCAAACUGUUCGAGGACUCUGCCAUUCUACGUGAGAUCUCCAAGAUGUCCCUUGAUCGUUUCACAGUAUUCAUGGAACGUAAAUUCUGGCUGAGUUGCAUCUACAAUCAAAUCAAAGACAAGUCACGCAUCCGGCCUCAAACUGGUGUCGCCGCGUUCCAAGAGACAGAAGAAGGCGUAGAGGUGACGACAGAGAAUGGCGAGGUUAUCAAAGGAGACUUACUUCUUGGAGCCGACGGCAUUCAUAGUGCUAUGCGGAGGCUAAUGGCUGACCGACUGGCCAGCACCGAUGCUGCCGCAUCGGAGGAGAUGCGCUCUGGUUUUGUUAGCACAUACCAUUGCAUCUUUGGAACAUCCAGAAAUACCAAUCCGAGUGCGGAAGGCAAGCUGUUCCUCCCAGACGGCACGGUGCACAAUGUCUACUACCAAGGAUUUUCUGGCGUGGCGGCAGCCGGGGUCAGCGGCCUUGUCUUCUGGUUCCUUUUCGUGAAAAGUGACAAUGUCACCAAAACGCCGAACACGCCGCGGUUUACCGAGGCAGAGACCGAAGACACAAUCGCCAAGUAUGGCCACUAUGCCGUUGGUCCCGGUUAUACUUUCAAGGAUCUAUGGACGAGCCGUGUCAAAGCAGCCAUGCUGCCGCUUGAGGAAGGCGUUUUGAAGCCGAAGUGGAACACGGGGAUGAGGGUAGCUUUAAUCGGAGACGCGGUGCACAAGGCGACCGUCAACCCCGGACUUGGAGGCAAUUUGGCGGUGGAAGGUGUUGUGCAUCUUAUGAACGAGCUUGUCCCCUUGGUGCGGCAGUGCGAGUCGGAUGGCGGGCGGAAACCAACAAAAGACGAGCUAGUCGCAGCCCUCGAUACUUACGAAAAGAAACAGCGACCACAUGCCAAUCUGAUCGUAUCUGCUUCUGGCUAUAUCACACGCUAUGAGGCGAUGGAGACAUGGUGGCUAAGGUGUCUGCGUUGUGUGUCUCCCUGGGUCAGCGAUAAGACUAAAGCGAAUGGCUUUGUGAGCUAUAUCAGGGAAGGUCCAUGGUUGAACUAUUUACCAAAUCCAGAUGACCAGGAGAAGACAACAGAGAGUAAAUAG